AUGACAUCCACCAACCCCCUCCCAACUAAAAUCGGCAUAAUCAUCUUCCCAGGCUUCCAACUCCUCGAUUACGCCGGCCCCCUCGACGCACUCAACAUCCUCUCCGCAACCCACACCCUGCGCCUAUACACAAUAGCCUCAACUCUCUCCCCCGUCCCCACCCAAAACGCCGUCCAAACUAGCCAAGGUUCCACUUUCUCCCAGUCCAUUCUGCCAACCCAUACCUUCGCUACUGCGCCAAAGGAUCUAGACGUCCUGAUCCUCCCGGGUGGUCUGGGAUCGCGCAGCGGGGAGGGCAAUGACGCGUAUAUGCGCCCGCAGGUGGAGUAUCUGAAAGGGCUGGAUUUAAGCGGGAAGGGGAGUGUGAAGUUUGUUCUUACGGUUUGUACGGGGAGUGAGAUUCUUGCGAGGACGGGGGUGCUGGAUGGGAGGCGGGCGACAACGAACAAGAAGGCUUUUAAUGAGGUCAAGGCGUGGCAUCCUCAGGUCAAUUGGGUCGCGAAAGCGCGGUGGGUGGUCGAUGGGAAUAUAUGGACUUCGUCUGGUAUUUCGGCGGGGAUGGAUCUAGCGUUUGCCUGGAUUGCGGAGGUUUUUGGCGAGGAAACGGCGCAGUUCAUUGCUGAUCGGUCGGAGUAUGAGAGGAACGUUGAGAGCGGGAAUGAUCGGUAUGCUGAACGAUGGGGCGCUGUCUGA